CCUGCGCAGUCCCGCGGCCCGGGGGGACGCGGAACGCGGCUGCCCGAGCCGAAGGUUUCCUGCCCCACUUCCUCCUCGUCGCCCUCCUGGUGCGUCGGCUCUCUCGGCCGGCGGGAUGGCGGCGCCGGGGGGCCGUCGGCGGUCUCCUCAGCCUCUGCUCCUGCCGCCGCCGCUGCUCCUGCUCGUACUGCUGCUGACCCCGCUCGGGGUCCGAGCGGUGCCCGAGGAAGACGCCGGUAGCCGGAACAAGGAGGCUCCGGCACCUCCCCAGCAGCUCCAGCCGCAGCCGGCCGAGGCUCAGGGGCCAGAGGCGGCUCGUGCCGAGAAAGGACCUACACCAGCUUCCCCGGUUCAUAUUAAUAAUGACGAUCCUGCUGGCCAGACUAAUUUGGGAUUCAUCCAUGCAUUUGUGGCUGCCAUAUCAGUUAUUAUUGUUUCUGAAUUAGGGGAUAAGACAUUCUUUAUAGCUGCCAUCAUGGCCAUGCGAUAUAACCGUUUGACUGUGCUAGCUGGUGCUAUGCUGGCCCUGGGCCUGAUGACAUGUUUAUCUGUUUUGUUUGGCUAUGCCACCACGGUUAUUCCCAGAGUAUACACAUAUUAUGUGUCAACUGCAUUAUUUGCAAUUUUUGGUAUCAGAAUGCUUAGGGAAGGCUUGAAGAUGAGUCCAGAUGAGGGUCAGGAGGAAUUGGAAGAAGUUCAAGCAGAAAUAAAGAAAAAAGAUGAAGAACUUCAAAGAACCAAACUCUUAAAUGGGCCAGGAGAUAUUGAGACUGGCACAAGUACAACCAUACCUCAGAAAAAGUGGCUGCACUUUAUUUCUCCUAUUUUUGUUCAAGCUCUUACUUUAACAUUCUUAGCAGAAUGGGGUGAUCGCUCUCAACUAACUACAAUUGUUUUGGCAGCAAGAGAGGACCCUUACGGUGUGGCAGUAGGUGGAACAGUGGGACAUUGCUUAUGCACUGGAUUGGCAGUCAUUGGAGGAAGAAUGAUAGCACAAAAAAUAUCUGUUAGGACUGUUACAAUCAUAGGAGGAAUUGUCUUCUUGGCGUUUGCCUUCUCUGCAUUAUUUAUAAGUCCUGACUAUGGUUUUUAAUAAGAGUCCUCUCCAUUUGUAUUUAGAAUAUAAGAUAGGGUGUUGCCUAUCUUUUUGUACAUGUGUAUAUUAAGUGACUAUGAAAAAUGCUGUA